UUUCACAUCUGCUUGUGUGUACUUACGUCUGCCUGUCUGCUGCGCCUCAUACACACACCACACCACACCACUCAAACCCACCCACACACCGCUCAACACCUCCCUCCCCCAAACCUCAGCCUCACAUCGAACCAUCACACACAUACACUCAUCCACCGCAAUGGGAUCCAAAGCCAGCAAGCUCUCCUCGUCCUCGGGCAACAAACUCCAGCCCUCGCAGGCCCAAAUCGAUAAGGCGGAGAUGAAGGAGCCGGAGAACUACUACGCGCACCGCAGCAAGAGCAUGAGGAGGAAGGCGGGCAAGGGGCCGGGGAGCUCGGGUGCUGCGGUGGGGAGUGGGAGUGGAGGGGAGGGACCUUUACCUUGAAGGGGAUUGGGAAGGACCAUGAAAUUUGUGGCGAAGAGUGGAUGCAGAGGAGGAAGUCGGUGGUGAUAUGUGCUGGUGCUGCUUUCUGAGGGGAUGGUGGAUGGUUGGUGGAUGGUUAUCGCGUUCAGCAAGGCGUUUGGUCUGGAAUUCCGAGUUUCGCGUUCUGAUGCUAUGAGGUGGAGAAUAUAACAUCGAGUCGUACUGUCACAUCUACAUUUGGUUGUUACAUGCCAAUGCCAACGUGCGUGUGAUGCUUUCCUCACUAUGCACGGCUGUUGAGCGUUAUUUGGUCUACUUUCACAUUGGCAUGGUGUUGCAGAAGCCGUCGUAGAGAAUGAUGGAGCUCUACCUCUCCCUGCAUGGAGUAUCGGCGCAUCUAGAGAUUCGCAUACAAUCGUGUGCAUAACAAGAUUCCGCCCGCAAGAAAUGACCGUGACAAGUACUCGAUCGUGUAUGGAAAAGCAAGCGAUCGUGAUCAGGUAUCGUUGAUUUU